GAGGAAAAUGCCCAGUGGCAUCUUCUAGAGGACAUUAAAGAACAGUCGCAGGUCAAUGACGACUCCAAGUAGUUGGGUCUUUUACAAUUCAAUUUUUUUUUUUUUUUUUGGAAGCCAAAGUAGAUCACUUUUUUUAUCUGUUAAGUGAUGGAGGAAAAAGAUUGUAAAUUCCUUUCCAAAUAUAAAACAUUAAACGUUGUUUCUUUUUAAAGUUGCGAGGGAAAUAAAAAUUUCUAAAUACUUUUACAACCAUGAACAGGUAGCCGUUUUUGUCCCUUGGCGUGAAAGGGGAUCAAAAAUUCCGAAGCCUUGUGGAAUUAUAAGUAGACAGCUGUUUCUAUCCUGUUACCUGAUCAGGGAGAGAUCAGAAAUUCUGAAUACUUUUAAAAAAAUUUGAGCAGAUAGCUUUUUUUGUCCCUUGCCGUGAUGGGGGAUCAGAAAUUCUGAAUCCUUGUGGAAUUAUAAAUAGAUUAUCGUUUUGUUCUGUUAAGUUAUGGGCCGGCGGAUCAGAAAUCCUGAAUCUCUCCAACAAAGAAAGCGCGAUAGGUGCACUAUCUGUUUUACAUGAAAUUGUACAGCCUGAUGGAAUUGGAAAAUUGGAUGCGAUGUUUCUCGUGGAAGUUUUUGCUAGCGUAUGCGACAGUGUCAGAGGAAAAUGGAAACUUUGUGAUUCUCGAGACUCGGAAUCUGUUCAUGCCGAGCUGAUGACUCCGAACCUUUUUUCCUGGAAGGACUUCAUGUUCCCAAGUGCAUUGAAAACUUUGAGGGCAAACGUAGUGUAUUACGGGGAAUUCGAAAAUAGUCGAUUGGAAAUUAGAAAUGUUAGUUUUUGA